UGCCAGCAUGGACGACCAAGGGGACGUGGACGCGCUGCUCGUGGCCCACGCUGAGAGCAUUGCCGCCGUGCGCACGCUCGUCCGCGACGUGCUCACGCCCGAUUUUGACGACGACAUUUGGCUCAUGCGCUUUGUCAUGAGCAACGGCAGCCCCGCCGCCUGCGAAGAGCCGAUCCGGGCGACGAUCCACUGGCGCACCGAGCGUGCCGAGAUACUUGGCCGCAUCCGCGCCGGCGCCAAGGCGCCAUGGCACGACGAGAUCACGAAAUACCAGGUGGUCGGCGACCACAAGUACACGGCGCGGGGCGAGCCCCUCUUUUAUGUGCGCGUCGGGCUCUGCAACGCCAAGUCGCUCUUGCGCAACGUCGCCUACAACGACAUUCUCGAGUACAUGCUCUUGUCACGCGAGAGCAUGGUCGCGUACCUCGAGGCGACGACGCGUGCGACGCGGCGGCUCGUCAAGGGGAUCAAUGUGCUCGACUUUGCCGGGUUUUCGCUCACGACCAAGUCGGACCCGCGCUUCACCAAGCUCCUUGGCGAAUGCAGUCAGCUCGCAGAGACCAUGUACCCGCAAAUGGUCGGCCGCUCGAUCCUCCUCAACACGCCGUCGCUCUUGUCGUGGAUGUUUCGCGUCAUCAAGCCGUGGCUCAACCCCGCGACGCUGGCCAACGUUGUCGUGUGCCCCGGCGGGACGGCGGUGGCGUCCUGCCCGUACCUCUCGGCGUACUUGAAGCUCGACGACGUGCCCACGUUCCUUGGCGGCCGCUGCGUAUGCGACGGCAACGGGUGCAUUGGCAAUAUCCCCAACUCACAGACGCGGCCGCUCCUGGAAUAUGACGCCGACGGCCGCGCGACGCUUCUCGCCGCCGCGCGCGCGACCGAGCGCAUCGAAGUCGCAGUCCGAGCCGGGCGGCGGCUUCUCUACGACGUCGGUGUGCCGGGCAAACCCGUCGAUGUCGCCGUGACGUUCCGACCUCUCGAUGCCGGCCAGGAUGGCAUCGUCGUGAUGCUCUUUCAGCAGCGCCUCGGCCACACCACCGAGCUGCACCACGACGCAUGGGACGCGACUAGCGACGGCGUCGUCACGAUUGCGUUCAGCAAUACGGCGUACUAUGGCAGUCGGGCGGUUCAGUACCGCACCGAAGUCGUUGUCGUCGUCGACACCGCAGAGAGAGCGACCGCGUAGCAAUACCUUACAAAUACAUCGUACCCUACAC